UAUGUUCACCUGACGCUUGUGUAACAUGGCAGCGUUGUUCAUUGUCGGAUUCAUGUACAUAUCCCCAAUGAAACAGACUUGACUCCUCUUGAGGUGGGGUUUUUCGAUCGUGGAAACAAGCUACACACAUUUAGCAAGGUGGAUAUGACUGACAUCCAAAGACCUGAAGUGACGUGGUGGCAAGUCACGUGGGACGGUCGUGGAGGGUCCGGCCAGGAUAUGUGGACGGAAAUGUGGACAAAGUAUCUUAUUCCAUGAAGAGGUCAUUGUGACCUUCUCGUGUGUGAACACGUUCAGCGCCAACGAUGUUUGUGCCACACGCGAGAGUUCGCCUCACGGGCAUCCCCGCACCCGGACGCCGGAGACGUGGGGCGGCAAGGAGGCAGAGGGCAGCCAGGCGGAAGUUGAAACUGAGGGAGCAUUUACGUAUGCCUUGUCUCUUGCCAACUUGUGCUUCCUGUCUUCUUGGCCUGGUGGUGUUACUAGGUGGCGCUGCCAUGUCACUAGUGGGUUACCACCCUAUGUUUGCAGAGGGACACGAUAUCCAUAGCAACCAUACCGUAACCACAACAGAGGGCAGUGUGACAUUAAAUACACCAUGCAGACAUCCAGGCAUCAAGGCUCUUUCAUAUCUCGGACCUAUAUUCAUGGGAUGCGGCUUAUUUAUAAUGAUAAUUGCAGGCGUUCUUUAUUGUGAAAUAAUUGAUAAAUAUGUUAAUAUUGAACAAGAAAAGACAUUGAAAUUACCCAAAGAGGAAUUGUAUGAAAUAAUCAUACACGAGUUAAGGAAGAAUUAUUUUCGGGGUAUCGAAGUUCCGUUGCCAAAUAUUAAUGGUGAGCUCCCACGAAGUAAUUCAAUAAAGAGGACGCUGUUUAAAGCUCUGAGUAUCAGCACACCCGCCCUUCUGUUGACUCCGGAGAUAAGCAGGCGGUGGCAGAAGAGGACCAACAUGCUGUCUCGCAAAUAUCAGGAGGACGUGCAAGAAAAGAUAAAGUUGAAACUAUUUCCCACUGGUGAUACUUGGGUAAAGACUUCUUCGUUGCCCAACAUAACACCAAAGGAAGGGUCAGAGAAGCAGGAGACUCCUAGUGAUGACGUUGUGUCUUCGAAAUACCUGGAGACGAAGCGGAUCUCCAGGAGUUGUGGAAAUGUGGCCGAUAUAUUCACAGAUAAUGUGGAUAACUCUCACUUGUCUUCAUCAUGUUUCGAUAAUCCUGCGUAUAUCCCUGACAUGGAUAAAACUAAAGUUAUUGCCCUAGUAAGGGAACACUGUAAACAGCUCGUUAGGUCCACGGAAAGUAAGUGUAGUGUUCGAUGGAAGGAUGAACGCGGAAGUGACGUCAAUAUACGUGCGCGUCAUCCCCUAGCAACCAAGGAGGAAUUACGUUUGUUUGAUUCUGUUGAUGAAGGCAGUAAGUUAUGUGUCGGAUCUACCCCGUCACUGAGAGAGGUACAGCAUCAUCCGUUACAGUCGUCGUCACUGGAGUGUGAUGAGUGCAAUGGAGACUCGGACGUUGAGGCUGGCCGAGCAAACAGCAUUGCUAAACACGUGUCUGUGAUAAUACACAAAGCCUCUGUGCAUCAACCAGAUGAUAGUAAUGACGUCACUAAUAUGCAAAGGAAUUCUGGGAAAUCUUAUAUCAGCGAUAGUGACAGAAAGCCUGGUAAUGACCAGCUGGACGUGAACAGGUCCGAUUCUAACAGGAGUAGUAUUGGCAUCGGGGACGGUGGGCAGUUCCGGCCUCCGCUCUCACCUAAUCACUCGGUACUUCCGGUGGAGGACGAAGUAGACUCCAACGAUUCCUUUUCUCUGUCUAAUGUCCUGCACCACGUCGAUAUGUCUCGGGUCACGCAUCUAUAG